AUGGGUCUGAAGCUGCUCGAGUCCAGACUUUGUCUCCUUCUGCUUCUGGGACUUGUCCUAAGGCUUGUCUCAUGCCAGCGACCAACCCCUUCCCAGUGGUUUGCCAUCCAGCACAUCUAUAAUAGCGCCUACCCCCAAUGUAAUGCUGCCAUGCUGCGUGUCAACAGUUAUACAGGAAGAUGUAAGGGCAUAAAUACUUUCCUUCAUGCAAGUUUUGCUAAUGUUGUUGGGGUGUGUGGCAAUCCACAUACAACCUGUAAAGAUGGAAUCAGUACGAAUUGUCAUAACAGUUCCUCUCAGGUAUCUGUAACUUUCUGUAACCUCACAACUCCGGCAAGGAUUUAUAGCCAAUGCAGAUACCAAACUACAGGAUCGUUGAAGUUCUACACAGUUGCCUGUAACCCCAGAACUCCACGGGACAGUCCCAUGUUCCCAGUGGUUCCGGUUCACUUGGAUAGGAUAUUUUAG